AUGAGCCUGACGACAGCCGUUGUCGCGACGGUAAUCACGUCGUCCGAAGCAGACGCGACGUAUGCGCUCGUCGAAGACCGACAGCACAUUGCUCGCUUGCAGCAAGAGUGUCGCAUCUACGGAUCUGCUGAAGGAUCGAGUGCGGCGGCUGCGUGCACACCGCCGACACGACUGCGCUUAGGCCUCGAAGAGAUGGCCGUAGGACUCACACAAGGGUUUCUCCGUCUAGAAGUAGCGAUCACCUCUGCAAGUGAUUACACUCGUCAAAAGAUCGUUCAAGAGCUUACAGGAGAUUGCUCGGGUAGAACGCCUUGUGACGUCCAGUGGAGACUAUCGCCUCGACGCCGCGACCGCGUGCGAGUGUUUCGGGACCUCUGGGAACGCGGAUACGUCGUGACGUUUGGCUCGAAAUUCGGCGCUGAUUUCCUCAUCUACAAAGGCGAUCCUAAGUACGCUCAUGCAGAGGCUAUGGUCGUGGUCAAAGGGUAUGAAGAGGAUUUUGCGCGCGUGGAUGUCGUGAGCUUCUGCCGCGUGGCCAAGAUGGUGAAGAAGCAGUGUCUCUUCGCGAGUGUGCGAUCGAGUGGCGAGGGCAAAAGCGACGACGGCAAGCAGGAGGAUCGAGAGGCAGACGAUGGCGUGGCUGUCAAUCACGUGGUGUACGUGUCGCUGACCCACGCGCUUCUUGUCUCGCGUCAACAAGAACGAGCAGGAGUGUGA